UAAGAGAGAGAGGAAAGGAGAAAGGUUACGUGAAUGUGAAUCGUCUGAAGAAGAAACAGCACAGCCCGUCGUCGAUACUUGCCUUCUCUCUCAAUUAGCUUCUCAAGAGGUGGUCUACCAAAUUCGCCUUCUCGUUAUCUACCUUUGUGGACUUGCAGCCUCAACCAAGAUCGAGUUCACCAUCGUCUCAAGGGUGGAGAGAUAUGGUGGAGACGGAGAACAUGGCCGAUUCGUCGCACAACGUGGAGGAUGAAGUUGGGAGAGUGGUGGAGCAGGCGAAGGAGCUGCAUGAUUCGGCUGCAUCUCUAAUCUCCAGAACAGCCACCGAUGAGCAGUCUCUCUGCCAGCGUGCUCUCUCUCUUGACUCUUCCAUUCGCCGUCUCCGUUCUUUACUUGAUUCGCUUCUCUCCAAGAAGCUUUUGGACCCUAAGAUUGCUGACAAGCUGGAAGAUGACUUGCAGAGAGCUAGGUGUCUGAUGGUCGAUGGAGAAGUUGCAUCUUUUCUUCCUAGGAAGGCUCAGGGGAAGUUCUUGCAGAUGUUUCUGGGACCUAUUAACGUGCGUGCCUCACGGAAGGACGUUCAGUUGAAAGUUAAAGAGGAGUACAACAGUUACAGAGAUAGGACUGCUCUUCUUUUUCUUCUUUUUCCAUCACUACUGCUAGUUCUAAGAGGCUGGGUUUGGGAUGGAUGCUUGCCUGCAUUUCCAGUUCAGCUGUAUCAGGCAUGGCUUUUGUUCCUAUACACAGGAUUGGCAUUGCGUGAAAACAUACUAAGAGUCAACGGAAGUGACAUUCGUCCUUGGUGGAUAUACCAUCACUAUUGCGCUAUGAUUAUGGCCCUUGUUAGUCUUACGUGGGAGAUCAAAGGACAACCAAAUUGUGCCCAAAAACAGAGAGGUGUCCAACUCUUCCUACAGUGGGCCAUGAUGCAAGGAGUUGCAAUGCUUUUACAAAAUAGAUACCAGCGUCAGAGGCUUUAUACUCGGAUUGCACUUGGAAAGGCUAAGAGAAUGGAUGUCGUUUGGGGAGAAACAGCUGGUGUAGAUGGUCAACUUUGGAUACUGUGUCCUUUACUAUUUAUCUUACAGGGCUUUGAGGCGUAUGUUGGAUUGCUCCUCCUCAAGACUGCAUUGGUUGGCGUGGUUCCUGAAUGGCAGGUGUUAUUUUGUGGAUUCCUUUUGGUUCUAAUGGCAGUCGGGAACUUUUCAAAUACAGUGCAAACCUUAAUGGCAAAAUCAAGAUUCAAGGCAAAGAUGAAGAGAAGCAAGAGCAAGCAGGAAUUGGCCCCGACCCGUUCUUAAUACAUAGGAUUACUUGAUUAACGACUUGUAGGAUCUAUUCUUCACCUUUCCAGGUUCUUGAAUAUGUUUUGUCGAAGCCGAGCUGUGAGAAUUGCCCUCCCCCUCCCUCUCCCUCUGAUAUCUUUUCAUUUUGACUCAAUACACUUUUUAUCAUGUAAAGUUGGUCUUGCAUAGGUUCUUCCCUGGAGAAGGUGGAAGUGCUACACAUCGCAGGACUCAUUUUCUAGUUUCCCAUGUAACUUUCUCCUCUUUUCUAUUGCAGUUCAUUGCGAGGUAGAGUUUUUGAACUUUCCUAUUGAAUAUCAUAUUGUAAUUUCUGUUGAUUAUGGUAUGUAAUUCUACUGAAAACGGUUUGGACGUUUUCACUAUCAAAGCUUCUGUUCCUUUC